UGAUAAAGACUGCAUGUGCAGGCAUUACAUAUACGGAAAGCUGACCUCAAAUAUGAAGACAUUUGGAAUUCCGCUUGCCGCGCAUAGUAGAGUUCUUACAGGAUCUUAUAUCCGUAGUCUUUAUCUACAGAUACUUACACCAUUCUUAGUCCACACUACAGCCCAAGCAGAUAAUCUUAACUGUGAUAGAAGUGCUACUCUUAACUGUGAUAGAAGUGCUACUGAAGUAUGUACAGAUUCAGAAGUCAGCACAGACAUGGAACCUGGCAACUCAAUAGUUAACGGGGUUCCAGAAAGCAUUGCUGAAGAAGAUACUGCCGAACCUUUAGACAUGGACUUUGAAUUUUACCUAUCAGAUGAUAAGGCAACCUUUAAAGGCUCCGAGAUUGUAAUGAAUGAGCCAUUACAGUCCACAGAUAUCUCUGGACGGUUAAAUGUACUUGUAAGUUGGUCACCUAAAAUGCUUGAACAGUACAAUACAGGCCUUUUCAGCUCACUGCCAGAAGUUUUUAAAUCUGGGUUUUUUGCCAAAAGACCACAAGAAUCUGUCUCUCUGUAUAAAUGUCUUGAGGCAUUUCUGAAGGAAGAGCCUCUAGGGCCAGAAGAUAUGUGGUACUGCCCUGCAUGCAAGCAGCAUCGCCAAGCUACUAAAAAGUUGGAUCUUUGGAGACUGCCGGAGAUUCUGGUCAUCCACCUGAAGAGGUUCUCGUACAACCGGUUUCUGAAGAACAAGUUGGAGACGUAUGUUGACUUCCCAACUCAUGAUCUUGAUUUAUCCUCAUAUUUGGCCUACAAAGAUGGCAAAUCUUCCUACCGGUAUAUGCUUUAUGCAAUUAGCAACCAUUAUGGAAGCAUGGGAGGGGGUCACUACACUGCGUUUGUUCAUCAAGGUGCUGAUCGGUGGUAUGACUUCGAUGACAGCCAUGUGUAUCCCAUCAGCCAGGACAAGCUCAAAACCUCGGCCGCCUAUGUCCUAUUUUAUAGACGAGUUGAGGAAAUCUAACAUUAGAUGAUAGUUGUUACAGUACUAAACAUCAAGGCUUGAUUUAUCUUUUCUCAAGCCUUACAGGAAUAGCAUUGAUGAGAGCAUUCUUUGACCUUCGCAUCGCCUAGUUUAGUUGUAAUUUUGGGUCAAAAAGGAAUCUAGUGGAGUGGUGAUAAGGAGUAUGUAGCAUCGUAGCUAAGAGGGAAAGAAAUUGAGGUUUUUACUUACAUAGCUGUUUUUUAUAGAAGAUAAUUUCCUUUAUCGUCCUUAGCAGAUCAGAAAGUAGCCUGGAACAGAAAUUGCUUAUGCACUGGCUGUAAUUAUAGUUUUGAGGAGAGAAGACAAAAUGAUAAGGUGUUUUCUGAGAUGAAUUAUUGAACAUUAUUUGAUAGAAAUUAUAUUAAUUUCAUUUAUCAAUUCCGGUGAUAAA